AUGCCUUCUAUCAGUAAGGCAAUUAUCAUCGGCGCGGGCCCGGCUGGCCUUGCUGCUGCACUGCAACUGCAUCGAAAGAACAACAUUGAUAUUACAGUCUACGAGCUAAGGCACGAGCCCACUACCGUUGGUGGAGCCAUAGGGAUAUUUGCCAAUGGCUUGCGUCUACUGCAUCGCUUGGGUCUACAUGACGCUCUUCUUGCCCGCGGCUCUUCCGUCGGCAAGAUUCAUCUGCAAUCGCUACACCAGGGCAGUAUUGGUAGCACGGAUAUUUCAGCCUGGGCGGCUGAGAAAACUGGCUUCGGAUACUUACGCAUCCUCCGUCGAGAUCUGCAGGACGUAUUGUUCGACGCCAUCCACGAGGAGCAGAUCCUGGUUCAUUUCAGCAAAUGGUUGACCUCCAUCAAGGAGGAUAAGUCAAGCGUGACUGUAACCUUCUCCGACGGCUCGACUGACUCAGCUGACGUGGUGAUUGGAUGUGAUGGCAUACAUUCCAGCGUGAGACGGCUGCAUGUGGAUCCAUCUAUCAAGCCCGAAUAUUCUGGCAUCGCGGGAAGCAGCUCGAUCAUCUCGACGGCUGGGCUACCGGAUAUGCUCAAAACGGCAGCCAACGUCAUUCCCACAACCGCAGGGUUCAUGUCGACGUUUCCAUGCAGUGCGUCCGGGGACCAGCUCUACUGGAUGCUGUCUCGGGAGACGCCCAUCCCACACUCCGAGUCGGGCAACGAGCGGGACGGAUGGGAGGAGCGACGUCAACAAGAGAUGGAUAUGUUGAAAAACGCCAUCAGAGAAGUGUCCAAGUCAGCUCGAGGUGAAUGGCGAGAGAUCCUGACGAAGCUCCUGGAUCGCAUGGAAUUCAUCGGAUUCUACCCGGUCUUCCGACUGCCGCUGGACGGAAAAUGGUAUACCUCUCGGACCAUCCUGCUUGGAGAUGCAGCACAUGCAAUGCAGCCUCACGCAAGUCAAGGAGUCUCGAUGGCUAUGGAGGAUGUCUUUCUGCUCUCGCGGGUGCUGCAAAAGCAAGAAUGGGGCUUGGAGGAUGCGUUUGCUAGAUACGAAAGUAUUCGACGGCCGCGCAUCAACGAGAUUUAUCAACUGGCGGCCAAGAAUGGCCAGAGUCGCAAGGCCAUGGGCCCUUGGGCGUUGUGGGUGAGAGAAAACGUGAUGUGGGCUGGUUUGGGCCUGUAUCGUAUUCUGGGGUUAGAGUCGUGGGGCCUGGGCCAGACGCACCUCGUUUACGACAUUGACGAGGUGGAGCUAUGAGAGGGGGGGUUGACUUGUUGAGUAGUGUUGGUUUCCGGUAUCGCAUGGGUAUUAGCGGGUUGUGGCUUUCUCUGUACACCUCUUCUUAUUGGAGUUCGUUGAGGAGAGGGGUUGUAGAUGGGCCAGUGAUUUAAGCAUAUCGUAUAGGAGCC